AUGGCAACAAAACUCAGCAUCAUGAUGAUCACCCUUACAUUCAUACUACUCCUUACUACCGCUACCUUGACCACUACCUUGGCCACCACGCAACCAAUAACAGCUGUCUACGUGUUCGGGGACUCAACAGUAGACCCCGGCAACAACAACUACAUUCCGACGGCACUCUUCCGGGCAGACCACCAGCCAUAUGGAGAAGACUUUCCUGGAAGAAUCCCAACCGGCCGGUUCUCUGACGGUCGAAUUGCACCAGACUAUAUAGCAGCCUCACUCGGUCUAAAAGACUUUAUUCCGGCUUACUUGAACCGGACCGUAUCAGACCAGGAAUUAUUAACAGGGGUUAGUUUCGCCUCGGCUGGGUCCGGUUUAGAUGAUCUAACGAUUGGGAUUACUCAUGCGCUUGAUCUGACGGCUCAGUUGAGUUACUUUGAAGAGGCUUUAGGAAGAAUGAAGAAAAUUGUGGGUCAAGAGAAAACGAGUUGGACCGUAGAAAAUGCCAUGUUUUUAAUAUCGGUUGGAUCAAAUGAUAUGUUGAUUAAUUACUUUGAUUUGCCGACUCAAGCUUUGUUAUACUCACCAUCAAGUUACUCGGAUCUUCUUAUUUCUAGGCUUCAGUUUAUUAUUCAGUCGCUUUACAACCUAGGAGCAAGAAGGUUCGCGGUGGCGGGUCUUCCACCACUAGGGUGCUUGCCAAUCCAAGUGAGUGUUGGCAGCAUCAUUCCUAGCAUGCAUUGGCUGCAACGAGUUUGUGUUGAUCAACAAAAUUCAGAUGCUUUAAUCUACAAUGGGAAGCUCCAAUCCCUACUUAUUGGGUUGCAAUCUCAACACCCCAAUGCUAGAUUUGCCUAUGCUGAUGUUUACAAUCCUUUGCUCGAUAUGAUUAACCAACCUCAACCAUACGGUUUUCAAACGACACUUGAAGGAUGUUGUGGUACAGGAAUACUGGAAUCAGGCAGUCUAUGCAAUACACCGGUUUUGACUUGCUCUAAUCCUUCAACUUAUGUUUUCUGGGAUUCAAUUCACCCUACACAAGCUGCACACUAUGUUCUUGCCAAUGCAUUGACUACUAAUGUGCUUCCCACACUACUUAAUUAA